AUGGGUAUCGUUGUUAGCGAGGACGGCAAUGCGAGUGGCCUCAGUGAGCAGCAGAAAAUCGAUAUGAUAGCUGCCGAGAAUGACUACGGACUGGUCAUGGCUACUUUAGAUCAGGUCUCGGUAUUUUUAGGCUCGUGGUGGACAUCAUCUCUUACAGGUCGGAUACAGACAUUCAGAAGUUACACUCAUAUUCCCCUGAUGGGUAUCAUGGCCCAUGAACGUGCUUCAUAUGGCAUAUUGGGGUUUUACUUUGCAGGGAUUCCAGCAUGGGCUCUAUCGACGUGCUUAUCAAUUUGCCGACAUCAUCCUCUUGAGCGCUUAAUUUCCUCAUUGCAAAGUAGAUUUCCUGACAAUGACAUACUUUCGAAACUUGUGCGGUCAUCAUUUACAAUUUUACAUUCUGCGGCUCGGGGGACAUUGCUUGUUCUUGCUAUACAAUCUUAUGUGUAUUCACUCUUACAAUCCCUUCACCUCGUUCAUCCGUAUGGCUUCCCGGGAAUCAGGUUCCUGGCACCUUUGGGAGAACUUACCACUAUAUUAUUCCCACCCUUACCUGCAGCCUUCACCUUGCAGUCCGUGGGCGAUGUCUGUUUGAACUUACUGAAAGCCCCUCCACUUCUCGUCUACCUUUACGUCUAUCUUCGUCCAGUUAUAGAGAUAAGGCUUUACCGGCUAAUUCGCCGACAACUACCAAAACCAACUCUUGCGGAUGAGCUAUCCAUCAAAGUGGCCUUCGAGAAUGACCUCAUCGAUUGGAUGGCCCCAACCCUUGGGCGCAGAUCUGAAGAAGAGAAUCGUCGUAACAAUCUUUCUUUGCUUGAAGAUCUCAUGUGUGAAUUAAAAUUUCUUCAGGGCUGGAUGCUAUCGUGGUUUGGCGUUAAGACGCAACGAACAUCAGCAGCCCCUGAACAAGCUGUGGACUCCCGCCGCAGGCGAGAAUGGCUUGAAUCCUUACCUAUGAGUGUCGAACAACUGCAAAAUGAACGACAAAACCGAACUCGCCGGUUACAACAAGCAGUACCUCCAGCUCCAGAGGAGGUGGUCCAAGCUCAUGAGGCCGCACGCUCUGGUCAACCCAGUACACCUGUUACUGCCCCAGUACCUGAUUCCGGAUUUGACUUCAGCGGUGACCGUGUACUAUCGAAUGAGGACGAUCCGAUUCAUCAGUCACCAGCACAGAUGAGCACUGGGGGUCUUUCAGAGAUGGCUCCACUGGGUCAUACAAGUGAUUUUUCUCCCGCUGUUAAUGGUUCUCCCGCCGUAAACACUGAGGCGCAAGGCGAACGUGAUGCUCACGAAGGCCAGCGGAACUCGCGCUCAAACACCCUUUUCUCUCGACAAUCAUCCCCCGAAACGUCUUCACCAACAUCUCCUCACGUUCGUGCUUCUCUAAUUCACCAGAACUCUGAUAUCAUUACUAUGCAGCUGGAACUCUUGGGCAACCGUAAUGCCCAGAACCAGGGCCAAUUGCGUCCUCGGCCUGGUAAUGACAUUGACUUUCCUACUUCUAAUGGCGAAACAGGCCAUCGCCGCUCUAUUACAGAGCUCCUGGACACAAUCUUGGCUCACCAAAACCAAAGCCUCUCUACGAUUGUCCAUUCAGAUGCCGUGGACAGCGAUGGCCUCUCAAACAUGACAUCAGCUGCAUCUCCUGGAAACGGGGAAGAUGUGCUAGGCCUGGUACCUCAAGAUCAACAACAAGCUCGAGGAACAGAUGAGUUUACCGCUGAAUCUCCUAUUGAAGGGCCGUCGUCAAGCCUUGCCAACAUAUUGCCAGAAAGUGUAGAAGAGCCGCCCAGCCAGGAAGACACUCGUAAUCAUCCCUCCGAAGCGGAGCCAACUGGGGAGAACGAUUUCGAUUCAGGUAUAUACCCUCGUAUAUCUGAUCCAAAUGUGCGCGAAGGUCCUUCGGAAAACACAAAUUCUUCAACUGCCCACCGAAUAACAAUCCUAUCGUCUCAUCCUGUUGAUUCUCUUGCCUCUCACCUCGCGUCGAUGAUUACAACCGUGCUUUUCAUUCCCCUCGAAUCUCUCUACCUUCGCUCUCUUGCUUCAUCCUAUCUGCUAUCUACUGCAUCCUCCGCUGCUGAUGUCCGCGCCCUAGGGGCUUUGGGCGGUGGUGGCUCUCGGUCCGACAUGCUUGCAUACAUGGGUAAAUUAGCUCUUAUGAUGGGGCUGCACGCUGCUGUAAAUGCUGGUGUAUGGGGAGUAAUCUCAGGCACGGCAAUUAGGAUUGGCAGAAGAUUCUGCGGAUGGGGAACACUAUGA